AUGGAUUCCAUGAGAUCUCUCAAUACCUCCUUACCCACUUCAACACCGCGCCCGCAGCCAUCCGAGCAACUCCUCCAGUCUUUUAAAGCUGCGGCUCUAUCCGUCACCAACCUAUACAAGAAUGCCGUCUGUGAACAAGCCCAGGCGAGGUCCGCUGGCUAUCAAGAAGCUAUUGAAGAUUUGCUUCACUUCUUGGACCGUGAAAACCUAGGCCUUGGCGAUGGCGAGGGGUGGAAGGUCCGACAAUGGGCGACGGAGAAGUGUGAUGGAACUGGAUCCCAGGCCAGCGAUGAGGAUGAGCGAGUGGACUUGGACAAGCGUGAUAGAAGUGCUACGCCGGCUACCACCCGCAAGGAAGCUCCGACACCUGAGUCUACUUUCCGCCAGCAGCCUACCUCCACUCCGACCCCCGCACCGACCUCCGUGCCUCGAUCAGAGACUACGGCCCCCGCACCGCAACCACAGGACACUACUCUUGGAUCACCGACAGUAUUUACUUUCACCGCUGGGCCAACCUUCCCUCAAUGCCAGGAAUUCGAUAUGGACAUGCAAUCGUCCGACAACUCGACUCCGCCAUCGCAAGAUGAUGCUCCGGUAAGCGUCUCGGUGAUGCCUCGAAACUCCCGCCAAUCAAAUCGCCACAAUCAUACCCGACCCAACGCGCGAUCUGUUCCACGAGAGGGCCCCGCCACCAUAGGAUCGAAGAGGAAAUCCACAUUCCCAGAUUUCUUUGACCUAUCUGGGCUAGCAAACGGACGGGACAACAUGUUUGGAGGAGGGAAACGCGGCAGGUUUACCUAG